GGAAGAAAACCAAGCAAAACAACGUUCAACAACAUUUAUCCUACUCAGAUUUCCAAGAGGACAAUGUGCCCAAGCUCGCAAACAGAUUUCCUAAUAGUUGGUGUUGCUGUGUUUGUCUGCGUUUUCAUAAGUUUCGUUUUCUCAAAGCCACACCUCCACUAUAUUUACAAGAAUACGAACUGAUCCAAACUGGUCCAAAACAACUGACUCACAAGAUCUCUCAUCUACGAAAAGAUGGAUGCGAUAUUCAACAUACUUCAGCAGUUCAGGCUGGAAUCUUCCUACAACCAGUUUGUCCAGUUGGGUGUAAAGGAUGCAAGAGAUUUUUUGGAUGGAAUAACGGAUGAAGAUCUGAACAACAUUGGUUUAAGUCAUGUUGAGAAGAAUCGUUUUUCAUCGAUGAAAAACUUCAUUCAAAGACUGAGAUCUCUGGAGCGCCAAGUUCAACCUGUGGCGCCUGUGCAAAAGUCGUUGGAGUCAUUCAGUCUGCAGUACACAUACCCCAAAUGUCCUCAACCAAUACACAUUGGAGAUAUGGAUCCAGCAGUAAACACGGUUGAGGAUCUGAUGUUGAGGGUCGGCCAUCUUGAAAGUGUUGGUAAUUCCAAAGGAGUCUGUCUCUACACAGUCGAUGGGAUGCCCUUGACAGAUGAUCCCUUCUUCAACACAUGGUCUCUGACAGACAGACAUAUUCAAAAUGGAGCUGUAAUUUAUGCCAUAUUUACACCAAAGGAAAACCUGAAACAGGCUCCUCAGAUACCAAAACGAGAGGUUAGAGAAACCUAUGGAGACGAUGUGGUUCGAUGCCACAUCAUGCUCAAGGGAGACUUUGAGGUGACCGUGAACUUGGCAAGUGACACCAUAACCAGUCUGAGGCUCAAGCUGGCAAAUGAAAGUGGAAUCCCAACACAUGUCCUUCAUUACAAAGGUCAACAUUGCGGUGGUGACACUCUUCAAAGCUGUGGGAUCUCUGAAGGGUCGACGGUUAACUUCUCGUUGUCCACCUUUUCUGACGAGACUUCACAGGAUGAGACAUUCUUCAUUAAUGAUUUUGUGCCUUCAGUCCAACAAACCCAGAAGGGAAUCAGUGUGUUCUUGUCUUCACUUUAUGCUGUUAAACAACAUUACACACCGGAGCAACGGAAGAAACUGAUUUCCUACGUAAGAAAACUGACUGGAUGUAACCCUCUCGCCCAAAGUUUGCAUCAGCUACUCUGUAGAAAUGAAACACUAACCAGGAAUCAGAAGAUUGCAGUCUUCGAAGGCUUGUACAUCCUCUUUAGAGAGCUUUUGCCUCAACGUCGAGCACAACGAGGGGAGAAAGUCAUUGAGGACCUGGAAGUCUUUGAGAAUUCCCUGUACUGCUGGGCUCAUCUGCUAUCGGAAGCAAAGAACCAGGCUGCAGACCAUGAGAGCUACGCACCCAUCGCUCUCACGUCUGAAGAUGGCAGCCGCCUCUCCGAACCAGUCAGAGUACCUGGAGUACCUGGAGCCUUUGAACGAGCAUACGUUCUCGAGAAAAUCAAAGAUGGAGAGAAAAUUCCAAAUUGCACUGAAGAGGUUUUGCGAGAAACAUCAAUCCAGAGAGACAGUGACGUUGAAAAGGUGCUGCUCAGUUUGCCGCCGUCCAUCAGAACAUAUCCUCUUUGGAUUGCCCAAGACAAGACAACGGGUCAAAACUUUCAGGUAAACAUGGAGAAGACUUUUGGAAGUAUGAUGGAAGAAUUAAAAUCUCCGGACAAUCGACACCUGAAUGUGACCCCACCUCUACACUUGAAGGAGCUAGGACAGUGUGGGUCACGCCUCGUUCUUCUGAGUGAAGACAACAUUGCCAUAUGUUUGUCUCAAGAAAAGGGAUGCCCCGGCAUGAUCAGAGUGCAUGAUUGUUUGGAUGGCAAAGACAAAGCAGUGGAUGUGAAUGUGUUGGCAGCCAGAACUGGUGACCAUAGAGAUGACCGAACAUUUGUCACAACCAGGACUCCAAAAGAGGCCAUACUGGUGCUGAUAGACACAAGCUCCUCUAUGGAAGAGGAGUGCUACGUGGGUUCAGGAAUAAAGAAGAUCCACGCUGUGAAAGAGCUCUUUGACAACUUCGCCACAAGGACCAUGGCUUAUGAUUUUUAUCACGUCAUCGGCCUUGUAAAGUUCGACUCCCUGGUGAAGGUUCUCCACACAUUUACUGAAAAUCUGGAGAAGUUCAAGGAACACAUACGCAACAUCGAGGCAAGUGGAUGUACUCUGCUGUACGACGCCCUGCGACGUGGGGCGUCUGAGCUGGAGAAGGUCCAGACGAGGUUCCCAGAUUGCAGACUUCGCAUAAUGUGUCUCACCGAUGGAAAUGAUUCUGGAUCCUCCAUAGAGCCACAUGCUGUUACAGUCAAACUCCUGAAAUCUAACAUCAUUGUGGACUCCAUCCUUCUUGGGAAUGUGGAUGACAAUAUGCUGCAUGGAAUCAGCAACGCAACAGGUGGUUGCUGUUUCAAACCGCAGACAACCAAAGAGGGUCUGAAGCUCUUUGAGAUUGAGACAGUUCUGUCUGUGGAGCAGAGGAAACUCAAGGAAAACCUCGACCCGUCUUCCAUCAGUCAGAGUAGUUUGUCAAGCAUCUUCAAGACUCACGGGUAUGAUGAAUGCCCAGAGACGUCCAUGCCAAGCCAGAUAAACAACAAAGUGACAGCAACAGCAAGUGCUCUGAAAAAGAAGAUUCGUGAGUCAGGGGGUUGGUAUCUGGAGGACAAACGAGUCCUGGAGGAGCUGAAGAGCCUGCAUUGCAACCCGCAUCCCUUCUUCAGAGUCUUUCCAUCCGAGUCGGACUUCACGUUCUGGAGGAUUCUCAUGCAAGGUCCUCCUGACACACCCUAUAGGAAAGGAGUGUUUGAGCUCUACUGCCAGUUUGGUCCCGACUACCCAGCCAAGCCUCCAGUCGUCCGCUUUGUCACACAAGUGUACCACUGCAAUGUCAACAGUGUGGGCCGCAUCUGCCACAACAUAUUUGACCGCAACUACAAUGCCCACAUCACCAUGAGAGAGAUCCUAGAAGCUGUGUAUGGACUCCUCAUCAUCCCCGAGCCUGAUGAUCCACUGGACAGCAUCUUGGCUGAAGAAUUCUUAACAAGCCGUGAGACGUAUGAACGAGAAGCAGAGAGACAUACAGAGGAAACGGCAGGAAAGUCACUGGAUGACAUGGAGAAAACAUUGGGGGGGCCGGUGCCACAGUUUAUACCUCAACAUCUGAUCUGUCCACUCACCAAGAAGAUGUUUGUUGAUCCUGUGAAAACAGUGUACGGUACUGUGUAUGAACGCAAAGCCAUUGAGGAGCACCUGAAGCAACACCGGUACGAUCCGACCGCUGGCCCGGGACAUGAGCUUGAAAUGAGUGACAUCACAGCCAACCAGGACAUGAAGAAAAUGGUGAUGGAUCAUCGCUCUCGUCAAAUUCAGGUUGAUGUUACAGCCGAGUAGAUUUACAACAGUUUCUCAUGAACAAGAAAAUCAACCAGCUACUCAAUAUUUUAUCACUGCAAGUUGUUCUUUUGUGAUUUAUAUUUGCAUGUUUUAUAUUUGCAUGUUAUUUUGUAUUUGCAUGUUUUAUAUUUGCAUGUUAUUUUAUCUGUUGGUUUGGAAAGGUUAGUGCAGGUUGUUUUUGUUAAUUUGACAGUGAUGGACGUCACUUCAACUUUCAUGAACAGUGAUGGACAUUUACUUGUUUUCUCUGUUAGGAUGCUUGUGUUCGGAGUUAAUUGUUACCUUUUCACCUUUUGUUACCUUUUGGUUUUUCAAUGUUCUUUUGCAUGCUGUGCUAUUUUCCCUACUUACUGUUGUAUCAUUUAAAUGUGUUGUAAAUAUGUUGAAUAUAGUGAAUAAAAGUGUAAGCUCAAUGCAU